AAGCGACACACUAAAUCACAUGGUAUAUGCCGCCGAUGCGGUAACCGCGCAUUCCACCUCCAGCACAAGAAGUGUGCCCAGUGUGGAUACCCAUGUGCUAGACUUCGCAGCUACAACUGGAGUGUGAAGGCGAAACGCAGAAAAACCACCGGAACCGGGCGCAUGGCUCAUUUGCGGGAUGUUCACAGGAGAUUUAAGAAUGGCUUCAGG